GAUCUAGAUCACACUAAUCACAGGGAAGGAAAACAUGAUUAAAUGUAAUCGAGAUCUAGAUCUAGGUCUAGAUAAGGUUUGAUUUAAACGUUCCGAGCAAUUUGGGUGUUUAGUAGUUACAGUGUAGUUAAAAAAUGAAUUGUUCUAAUAAUAUUAGUAUGAUAGAUCUAAUUAGCAAUUCCACUCAGACUACUCAGAGUCAGAGUCCGGGCACUCAUCAUCACGAACUUCUCUCAGAGAAUCAGAUGCAAACUAUUGCAGUUUUGAGUCUUCUAACAUCAGGAUUAAGCUUUAUUGGGUCUGGAUCAGUUUUUCUCUGUGCUGUGUACCUUAAAAGAGUAUGUUAUCCAGAGGUUUUCCCAACAUUCCAUCUUGCUCUUGCGGACAUGUUAUCUUCGCUGUUUUUGAUCAUCUCCUCGUCUAUAUUUCUAACCAGUCCAGUAAAAUCAACCAUGAACUAUCCAGGAACACCAGGUCCUUGUGCGUACCUAAUGGCUAUAGUAACAAGUGCCUAUACACUAGCAUUUUUCCUGACAAUAACAUAUGCACUGGAAGCUUAUUUUCGGUUUCGUAAAAGAUUAGUGGACACAAUGAACAUGGAUCUAAUGACGGUACAAGUAGUGAGCAACAGAUGGAUGUAUUUGGUCUACAUAGUUGCUUGGCUGCUUCCUGUGAUAUUUGGUGGCAUAUUGAUGUAUGUAACACAUUCACUGCGAGACUGUGAUGAUGAUGUGCCACCUAACUCUAAACUUUAUUAUCACUACAACCGGACCAAUCUGUCUGCACAGUGUUCAUCAUGUUUUCCUGUCUUCUGGUUUAAUGAGGAUCAUUGCUGGAAACAGGUUGAUGAAGGCCAUCUCAUGCAUGUUGUUAUCAGACUGAUAUUUUUGAUACCACUUUUGAUGGUCAUGGUACUUAACAUGAUUUUGUAUGUGUUGGUAGCCAAAGUUUUUAAGCAGGUGGCAAUGAGGCGAGGGUUGCUUAGUUAUCACCAGAGAAAAGAGGAACAACUCCUUAAGAAAAAAGCUUUCCUCUACCAGGGAGUAUUCUAUCUUUGUUGGCUUCCAUCUGUGAUUCUUGGGAUAGUUUCUUUAUUCACAUCUUAUUCUAUGGCGAAAUUUUUCUGGCUGCUGGUCAUACAGGCUAUCUUUGGACCAUUGCAAGGAAUCUUGAACAGUAUUGUGUAUGGCUGGAAAAGGGACAGCUUCAGACGAGCUUUGAAUGAGAGAACAUCUUUACUGAGUACUAACAGAACUACAGCCAUACUCUACAGCUACAAUGGUUUAAGUUCUGCUCAGAAUGAGAGACAUGAUCUUCUGAAUCAUAGAUCAUCAGUCAUAAAGGAAGUUCAAAAAAGAUCCUGAUGAUGUUCUAAUGACGCUAAUAGCAAAUUUUACUUUGCUCCAUUGUCAUUUCUUUUAUCUUCGCCUUUUUCUGACAAAGAAGUGAGCUAUUAGGAAAAUGUUUUUAAAAUGUCAUUUUGAAAUUAUUUUUUUUUAAAUUUUCAGUAUAUUUAGAAAUGGAUAUUUCAUGUUUUUAUGAGAUCUGAUGGUGUAUAGUUUGAAUGUUGAUAUGUCUCAAGGCACACAAACAGUAGUGCUAGAGCACUUAUGGAACUGGUGAAUUGUAUUACAAUCAUUAUUGUACUCAUAUUUUAUUGUGUCAUAAUGUUUAAAAUGUGUGGGAGUGCUUGUUUCAAGGUUCUGAAUGUUAUUAAACAUGGCUAAAAUUUGUUUCUGGCCAUCGGUAGCUCCUAUAAUGAAAACUGUUCAACUCUACUUUGAACUCAUUUAAAAUUAUAGUGCUACAAUAUAUUUAUAACUAACUGUGCAUUAUAUUUGUGACUACUUCAUACAAUAAGGAAGUUUGGUACUGACAUAAAUGAGAUGUUUCUCUUACCAUCUAAUUUAUAGUUGACAUUUAAUGUAAAUAAGACAAUGUUUUGUUUUCAAAACUAAAAAUAGGUUUAUACUUAUUAGAGAAGUCAUUAUUUUGGAUGUAGACAAUCCUGUUAAAGACUAGGAUUUUUAUUUUCAAGAUCUUUAGGGAGCUACCUGAUGUAAGUUGGGGAAAAGGUGGUUGGUCAUAUUGCUGGCUACAUGACAUUAGCCAUGGGCCACAUAAACAAAUGACCUUUACAUCAUAUGCUCUAUAGAUCACUAGGUCUGAAAGGGUAACUUUACUAGAAAAGUCAUAUUAUUUUAAAUGUUGUGAGAAACUAUAAGAGAUCUUCCAUCGUGGGAAAAGUCUGUCUCAAGUUUGAUGGGAAUGAUACUGUUGAUAGCUAGUGGUCAACACUAUUCAAAUUUUGAAAUUAACUUAUAGACCAGUAGAAAUUUUGUAUUUGUAUAUCAGUGAAUACUUGGUUCCUGAGCUAUUUGCUGUACCAUAAAAUUAAAAAAGCAAACAAAAAUAGAUUCUGGUACUUUGCCAUGUUCUUAGUAUUCAUUGCCUAUUACACUUUAAUCUUUUAAAUUACAAACAUUCAUUUCUAACUGAAGUUAAUUUACUGAAUUGAAAUUGGUCUUCUUAGAAGAUUGAUUCAAAUGCCCCUGUGCUGAAGCUGCUUGUGUAAAAUUAGGAAGCUAUUUACAUAUUAUUUAUUUAUUACUAUUUAUUAAUGGAUUAGUUAUAGUUCCCAAGUCUCAGGCAGUUUUUUUUUUUAACUUCUAAUAACUACUGAAAAUUGUGUUCAUUAAAUCUACAAACCACUUUUUUUUUUUUUUGUUGAGGAUUGUAUUCAUGUAUUGUCUCCAACACAGCUUGCUUAAGUUAGGACACACAAGUGUCAGUUUGAAAUUUGUCAGUUCGUAGCUUUUGUGUUUUGUUUAUUUGGCCAUUUAACUUUAAAAAAAGAGUGUACUUGUUCAGAAAUGAUAAAUAAUUUUUGUUUAUGUCAAUUGCAUGCAACUCAAACAUUUUGUUUUGUAUGAGGCUUGCUAGUGACUUCAUUAAGUUAAAAGGAGUGUUCUCCAAUGUUUGACCUCUUAGAAAAGAUAAAUUUUAAUGGAUGAUGUAUGAAUGUAAAGCUGCUUUUUUUUUAAUCUGGUUGUCCAGUCUUUGAAAGUCUGGAAUGGUCAACUAUUACAAGUUAUUAGAGCCAGACAUUUUAUUAUCAUACUUAAUAUAUUAAAGUAAGUAGCUUUAGUGUCAUUUGUCAUGUUUUCACUAUUAUGUUGCUACAGAUUUCUCUCUUUCUGUUGUUGCUACCCUAUGCCUUUCAAUUUGUCAGAACUUUGUUGAAGCAAGUGUUUGAUUUACUUGUUCAUUUAUAAAGGUUGUUUCUUACUAACCAUUGGAUGACUGAAUAAAUAGUUCAGAAUUAUGAAAUAUCAAAGAUUAGGAAAAUGUGAUGAUAUUGGUAUUUAAUACAAUAUUUUGAUUACAGCUUAGAAUUUUAACUUUACCCAAGUAGUUGGUAUUUAUCCAUAAAUUCUGUUUAUUAUUAUUUAUAUCAUGACACCAUCACCAAGAUAAGUGAGAAGACAACUCUGUUUUAAUGUUCUGUAAGACAAUAAAAGUAUUUUUUUUAUUUGUAAACAA